AUGCUUUCCAGAGCAACUCGUACUGCGACUGCCAAAUACCUAGUAAGAUCUAGAGUAGCAAGAAACGUCUUGGCUGCACCCUCAGUCAAAAGACAUGCUUCUACAACCGUAUUUAAACAAGCCAACAAGGUCCAGUCCCUGGGUUCAACAUAUGCCUUUGGCGCAAGAUCCAAGUUCCCCACAAGCCCAUUCUUUACAUCUGCCAGCCGCUUUAAAUCCACCUCUAUUGAGGUGCCCCCCAUGGCUGAAUCCUUGACAGAGGGUUCUUUGAAGGAGUAUACGAAAAGCGUUGGUGAUUUCAUUAAGGAAGAUGAGUUGCUGGCCACUAUUGAGACUGACAAAAUUGAUAUUGAAGUUAACUCGCCAGUAUCGGGUACCGUCACUAAACUGAACUUCAAACCAGAGGACACCGUUACCGUUGGUGAAGAAUUGGCCCAGGUUGAAGCUGGUGCAGCUCCAUCUGAAGGGUCCGCUCCACCAAAGGAGGAAUCAAAGGAAACACCUGCAUCAUCUCAGGAGGCCACUCCAAAGGAAGCUCAGAAGCAGGAGACUGCUCCAAAGAAGGAAGCUGCUCCAAAGAAAGCGGCCGAACCAAAGGAUGCUGUUACUCCAAAGGCUAACGAAACUCCAGCUGUCUCCAGUUCUUUCACACCAUUCCCACGCACAGAAACUAGAGUCAAAAUGAACCGUAUGAGAUUGAGAAUUGCUGAAAGAUUAAAGGAAUCUCAGAACACUGCUGCUUCUUUGACCACAUUCAACGAAGUUGACAUGUCGGCUUUAAUGGAAAUGAGAAAAUUAUAUAAAGACGAGAUUAUUAAGAAGACCGGUACUAAAUUCGGAUUCAUGGGUCUAUUUUCUAAAGCCUGUACUCUAGCUGCUAAGGAUAUCCCUGCCGUUAAUGGUGCUAUUGAAGGUGACCAAAUAGUUUAUCGUGAUUACACAGAUAUAUCUGUUGCUGUGGCUACUCCAAAGGGUUUGGUUACCCCAGUUGUUCGUAAUGCAGAAUCGUUAAGUGUCUUGGACAUCGAAAACGAAAUUGUCCGUUUGAGCCAUAAAGCCCGUGACGGUAAGUUGACUCUUGAAGACAUGACCGGUGGUACUUUCACCAUUUCCAACGGUGGUGUUUUUGGUUCCUUAUACGGUACUCCUAUUAUCAAUUCACCACAAACUGCCGUUUUGGGUUUGCACGGUGUCAAGGAAAGACCUGUCACCGUCAAUGGACAGGUUGUUUCAAGACCAAUGAUGUACUUGGCUUUGACUUAUGAUCACAGAUUACUAGAUGGUAGAGAAGCUGUUACUUUCCUAAAGACUGUCAAAGAGUUAAUUGAAGAUCCAAAAAAGAUGUUGUUAUGGUAA